AUGGUCCGCGCAACCUUCCUCUCCCUCACCCUCCUCGCCGGCCUGGCCCUCGCCUCGCCCGUCGCAGUCCGCAACAACAACGCGACCGCAAUCAUCCUCGCCGCGGCCCCCAAAUCGGCCUCGUGCGCCGGCGUGACCGACAGCCCCGAAGAGUGCGGCACCGCCGCGCAGGCCGCCCAGUUCCUCCCGGCCGCCUUCCAAAAGUACGGCAUCUACAGCCCCGGCGAGAUGGCCGCCAUCCUCUCCCUCAUGGCCUUCGAGACCGGCGACUUCCGCUACAACCGCAACCACUUCCCCGGCCGCCCCGGCCAGGGCACCCGCAACAUGCAGAUGGCCAAGUACAACCUGCUGUACGCCCUCUCCGUCCCGGAGCUCGAGCCCAAGGCCAAGGAGAUCGCCGGCGACGUCGCCGACGGCAACGACCUGCCCGACGACAAGAAGAACCAGAUCCUCGACCUCGUCAUGCCCGACGAGUACACCUGGGGCUCCGCCGCUUGGUUCGUCACGACGCAGUGCGAGCAGAGCGUUCGCGACGAGCUGGCCGAGGGCACUGUCAAGGGCUUCACCAUGUACACGACUGAAUGUAUCGGUACGUCGUCCACCGAGGACCGUGUCGAAAAAUGGUCUCAGGCCAAGGCCGCCUUUGGCUUGCCUUAG